AUGUCAGGCAGGGGUGAGGCCCCUCCCACACAAGCUCCUCCUCUGAGCCGCCCCUGGAGGAGCAGGACCUCCCACAGCCCCGCCCCCUGCAGGAGGCUGGAGCAGGAUGUUCUUGACGGAGGGUUCCAGAACUGCCAACCGCCUGGCCCAGGUCAGCUGCCUCCACCCAUGGGGAACAGCCACUGCGUUCCCCAGGCCCCAAGGAGGCUGCGGGCCUCCUUCUCCAGAAAGCCCUCACUGAAGGGAAAUAGAGAGGACAGCGCGAGGAAGCUGGCCAGCCUAUUUGGCACUGAAGCUAGUCCCGACGGGGACGCGACAGCAGACAAGAUCUUCCAUUACAUCCCUGGGACGGAUAUCACAAGCCUGGAGAAUCCACAUGAAAAUCUGGAACAGCCAUUCCUGAGUGUGUUCAAGAAGGGGCAGCGGAGGACAUCUGUGAGGAACCUGGGCAAAGUUGUACACUAUGCCAAGGUUCAGUUGCGGUUCCAACACAGCCAGGACACGAGUGACUGCUACCUGGAACUGUUCCCCUCCCAUCUCUACUUCCAAGCCCAUGGUUCUGAAGGACUCACGCUCCAGGGGCUGCUACCGCUGACAGAGUUGUGCAUCUGCCCACUGGAGGGGUCCCGAGAGCAUGCCUUCCAGAUCACAGGCCCGCUGCCUGCUCCCCUCCUCGUUCUUUGCCACAGUGAGGGUGAGCUCCACCGCUGGCUCUACCACCUAGAGAAACAGAUGGCUCUUGUCGGUGGCCUGCGCCGCUGCCACUCGGCGCCCCCUCAGGGACCCAUGGGGGAUGAGCUCUCCUGGAGUCUGCAGCGCAGACUGGACCGGCUGCAGAGGGCGUCGGGGCAGGAGUCAGCGUACAGUGCCAUCUGUGCAUCAAGGGUCAAGCUGCAGCACCUUCCCUCCCAGGAGCAGUGGGAUCGGCUCCUGGUCCUAUACCCUGGGUCUCUGGCCAUUUUCUCUGAGGAGCCAGAUGGGCUAAGCUUUAAGGGGGAGCUGCCACUGAGUGCCAUCCACAUCAACCUGGAGGAGAAGGAGAAACAGAUCCGCUCCUUUCUGAUUGAAGGCCGCCUCAUCAACACCAUCCGUGUGGUGUGCGCCAGCUACGAGGACUACAGCCACUGGUUGCUCUGCCUCCGCACAGUCUGCCGCAAGGGCGGGGGCCCCCUGCCGCCCGGCCCUCCAAGCGCCCCAGAGCUUCAGGGGCCCACACAGGACCUGGCCAGCUCCGACUGUGCCAGCAUUGCCCAGCGGAAGACAGAGCUGAGGCGUAGCAGCAGCAGCCGAUCGCCCAGAAGCAGAGCCAGAGGGGAAGUGCCUAGCAGGGCCACUCCACGGCCCCUGCGCCUGGACCUGGCCAAAGUCAAAGGGCCAGACCUGGAGAACAGCCCAGAGGCACUAGACCACUCUCUGGACACACCACACUCCCCGCUGUACGCGGAUCCCUACACACCACCUGCCACCUCCCAUCGCAAGCUCACAGAUGUCCAAGGCCUGGAUGAGAUCUUCAGUGCUGUGCGAACGUCACCUGGACCAGACCCAUCUAGCCUGUUCCCUUCGGUGCCUGUCUCUGACUCUAGCUCCAGACUCUCCAGCACCCCUGGUCUCCUGGGUCCCUAUUUGCUCUCCAGCAAAAGAGCCCCACAGUCUCGCGCCUCUCAGAGGCGCCGAGGCUCUGUCAAAGGCCAGGCGACACGUCCCCCUGACUCUCCACAACUUAUGGGUAGCAGCCCCCACCUGGUUACCCCUGCAAGGGAAGAUGCACCCAGUCCCCUACAACUUCCUCCAGAUAGAGAGUCCUCGGUCUGGGAGAAGACCUCGUCUCCCUCCCACCAGAAGUGGCCACACCUUAGGAGGCCCGAGGCAGAGGGGGGGCUCAUCCAAUGGAUCUGAUGGGCUCCAGGCAAGCCGCUCCUCAGGAGCGCUCAUCAGUGCCGACCUGGAGGGCGUCUGCAGCCAUCCCGCCCUCCGACCCACUUCAGAUCCAGAUUAGUCUGACUCCAUCAGAUCAAGGGCUUCCUCGGGAUCUGAGAGUAGCAGCACCCUUGCCCGGAUUCUGGGCCCCUCUGCCUCACCAGCAGCUACGAAGGCCAGCAGAAGCACCUCAUCGUAGUGAUAUCAUGGCCAGCAUCAACAACAACCCAGGAAGAUACAGAGGAGGCCUGGACACCCGCCAGAGCCCUCCCGAAGCUCUGUCCAUGGGGAAGGGAGGGAGAGAGGUCUGGUGGUGGGCUUUACUUGGAACUGGGGUGAUACCAUGAAUGUGAAGUUAAGAAAGUCAGGUUGCCAGUGUGAUAGUUCAGAGGGCAUGAGGGUGAAAGGUCGAUAGGGGUCAGAGACUAUUGAAAGCAGAUGUGGGAGAGUGCCCAGCAAUCAGGGUGAGAUGGUCAGUCAUUGCUGGCAAUGUGGGGUCAGAGGCACCAACACCGACACUAUAAACAGGAAAAGAGA